UACUUCUUUAUAUAACCUCUCUGUUAAUAUUUUAUAUAUUACUUUAUUAAUAAAUAUUAUUUUAACUUAAGAUGAACACCACCAAAAUGUUUCCUACUUUAAUUAAGACAUGUUCAAAGUUCAGUAGAUUAAAACAGUGUAAUAAUGAAAUUGUUAUUAAGCAAAGACGAUUUUUUAAACAUAAUAUAAGAAAUUCGGCUAUCAUAUUUAUACAAUAUGAUUAUUUUCAUACAACUUCUUUCAAUCAACGCAAUUUAAAGAUAGAAGAGAAAUUAUUAAAAGAAACUAAGAAUAAAAGACCAUUAAUAAAUUUGUGGUACGGCAUGACAGUCGACGAAUUGGCAAUUAUUAUAAAAAGAGAUAUAAAAGAUAUUUUAUCAGCUGUAUCCCUUGUAGAUAAGAAUAAGGAAUAUUCUUUCAAUACAGAAUUUAAAGAUGUGCAAACAUUAUCCAGUACUGUUAAGAAGUUAGGAUAUCGUUAUAAGAUUAUCCCUAAACCGAACAAUGUGCACAGAAAUCAGGAAGAUUAUGAUGUAGUUGUACGACACCCACCGGAUGAAUCCGUAUUAAUAAGUCGACGUCCAGUUGUAACCAUAAUGGGACACGUAGAUCAUGGAAAAACAACUUUGUUAGAUGCAUUACGAGACACUUCGGUUGUAGAUACAGAAUUUGGAGGAAUCACUCAACAUAUUGGUGCAUUUAACGUGGAAUUAAAUACCGGCGAGAAAAUCACAUUUUUGGAUACUCCUGGUCAUGCAGCUUUCACUUCUAUGAGAGAAAGAGGAGCACAAGUAACCGAUAUUGUAGUAUUAGUAGUAGCUGCGGACGACGGUGUAAUGGAACAAACUGUACAAAGUAUAAAUAUGGCUAAAGCAGCUAAUGUACCGAUUAUUGUAGCCAUUAAUAAAAUUGACAAACAUAAUGCUGACAUUUUAAGGACACAAAAGAUGUUACAACAACAAGGUAUUAUCGUUGAACAACUUGGCGGUGAUAUACAGUCUGUAAAUAUAUCCGCUUUAAAAGGAACCAAUUUGAGUAUAUUGAUAGAAGCGAUAGCACUGCAGGCAGAAAUAAUAGGAUUGAAAGGUGAUCCCACAGGAUUGGUAGAAGGUGUAGUUAUAGAAUGUAGAAACGAUAAAGCUCGUGGAAAAUUAUCAACGGCACUUAUUCAACGUGGAACUUUAAAAAAAAAUUCUAUACUCGUAAGUGGUACUACUUGGGCGAAAGUAAGAUCGAUGUUCGAUCAUGCAGGCAAACCUGUUAUACAAGCAAGUUUAUCAGACGCGAUACAAAUUAUGGGAUGGAGAGAAUUGCCCGAUGUAGGUGAUAAAAUAUUAGAAGUAAAGAACGAACAAGAAGCUCAUACAGUUAUUAGAUAUAGACAAAAACAGAUAGAUGAUAUGAAAGCCGAGGAACACAAAAAAGGAGCUGAGAUUAAAUUGCAAGAACAUCUAAUUGAAUAUGAAAUAAAAUUAGCGAAAAGAAGAGCAAUGGGAAGAAGGCAGUAUAAACGCGAGCCUAAAAAAAAAGAAACAUCAGAUCUUACUCCAAAGCUUAAUAUUAUAUUAAAAACAGAUGUUAGUGGUUCUGCGGAAGCUAUCUUAGAUGUAAUCGGUACUUAUACAGCAGAUGAAAUGUGUCGUUUGAAUGUUGUACAUUACGGCGUUGGUCCAGUUUCGGAGAACGAUCUUGAAUUAGCAUCUACUUUUGAUGCUAUUAUUUAUUUAUUCAAUAUAAGUAUAUCAAGCGUAAUGCAAAAAACUGCUAUUGCAAAUAAUAUUAUCGUACGACCUUGUAACAUUAUAUAUAAACUAAUAGAUGACAUAAAGAAUGAAAUUAAUUCGAAACUUCCGUUGAAAGAUAGCGAAGAAAUAAUAGGCGAAGCGCAAUUUUUAAAACAAUUCGAUGUAAAGAUAGAGAAGAAACGUAUCUCUAUAGCUGGUUGUCAAUGUACCAAAGGUAUUCUUAAGAAAAAUGAAUUGUAUCAUGUGAAACGAGGCGAUAAUAUCGUUUACACCGGAAAAUUAUUAUCGAUGCGACAUCUCAAAGAAGAAGUAGAUACUAUUAAAAGUGGCGUUGAAUGCGGUCUUAGAUUUAUCAACAGUUCGUUAACUUUUCAACCAGGCGAUAAAAUAAUUUGUUUCAAACCAUACAAGGAAAAACAAACUAUCGAAUGGGAUGCUGGAUUUUAAUAAACAUGUAUUGAUUGAUAUGAUUCUCUCCUUCCUAUCGAUUAAUUUAGGCAAAUAUUAAACAAGAAUAUGAUGAUUAGGAAAUAAAAAAAUAAAAUAAAAUUAUAAAUAGGAAUGAAAAAGAAAUGAAACGAAAUGAAGAAAAAACAAAAAAAAAAAACAAAAUUUAAUAAAGAGAACAUACUUACGAUAUUCCCAAUCCUUUUUUUGAUACAACGUAAGGAAAAUGAAAUAGCAAUUUGUAAUUUUCAAUUAUGAAUUAUUUGAUUUCAUCCUUGUGCCGAGAGCUUGUACCGAACGACGAGAUGAGAAAAAAGAAACAAGGAUUAUAAAAAA